CCCGAUGUUAUAAUUUCACCCUAUUCGGACUUCAGACUGCUGCAGAGCCCAUGUCUUCUGCAACUUCAGAGCCCCUCUCCAUCAUCAUCCAACCAAAGAUUACUACAGCAAAGAAACAUCCACACCUUCAAAAGUCGAACCUUUGCCUCCUCCACCUCUGCAACCACCUUCGAGAAGCCCAACAAAUCCACGCUCUAAUGAUCAAAUCCUCCCAAAUCACAGAUCCUUACUCCGCCGGCCGGAUGUCGGAGUUCUACGCUCUCUCCACCUCCGGCUCCCUCCACGACGCCGAAAAAGUUCUUGAAUCACUCCGCCAGCCCCCAAUCUUCAUCUACAACAUAAUCAUGAGAGGUCAUCUUAUCAAUCGAACUCCACUCAAUUCCCUUAAACUCUACCAUCAAUCCCUCGUUAAUUCCAUCUACCCCGACCAUUUCACCUUCACCUUUGUCCUUAAGGCUUGCACCCACCUGCGCGAGCUUGGAAUUGGCAGGCAGCUUCAUUCCCAUGUUGUCAAGCUCGGGUUUGGUUCAAGCGCCCAUAUUCGUAACAAGCUCAUACAUAUGUAUGCUGUCGUCGGCAGAAUGGAGGAUGCCCACAAGGUAUUCGAGAAAAGUUCUGUUCAAGAUGCAGUUGCGUGGAAUAGCAUGCUGGAGGGCUAUGCUUUUAAUGGGGAUGGCGGCUCCCUUCAUCAGUUUUUCCACCGAAUGAAGCAACGGGACGUUGUUUCCUGGAAUACUGUAAUUGCCUUCUUUGUUGAGACUGGUAAAUAUGAGGAAGCCAUGGCUGUGUUUAGGUCGAUGCAGGAAAGCAGAGAAUGUUUCCCAAAUAGAAUCACGGUAGUCAGCAUUCUGUCUGCAGUAACUCAUUUAGGUGCAUUGGGUCAUGGUAAAUGGUUACAUGCUUAUAUUGCCCGGCGCGGCAUUGAGCUUGAUGAGAACCUUAGCUCUGCUUUGAUUAACAUGUAUUCCAAAUGUGGAUUCAUAGAAGGUGCAGUUCAUGUCUUUGAGGCAAAGCAAUGGAAGAAGGUGGACAAUUGGAACGCCAUGAUUGCUGGUUUUACUUCAAAUGGUCAUAGCUUGAAGGCCAUUAAACUCUUCUCAGAGAUGCUAGCUGCAAGAAUGAAUCCAAAUGAGAUAUCUUUUGCUUGUGUGCUGAAUGCUUGCAGCCAUGGUGGUCUUGUUGAAGAAGGAAAGGAGUAUUUUAGAAAGAUGACGAGUUCUUAUGGCCUUAAACCCGAUAUGGGGCAUUACGGGUGUCUGGUUGAUCUUUUUAGCCGAGCAGGGUUGUUUGAUGAAGCGGAGAAGAUGAUUGAAGGAAUGCCAAUGAAGCCUGAUGCAGUGAUGUGGAAAGCAUUGAUGGGUGCUUGUAGAAUUUAUAGGAAUUUUGAACUGGGUGAAAAGGCGGGAUACAGACUAAUUGAAGCAGCUCCAGAAGAUCAUGCAUGCUAUGUUCUGCUAUCAAACAUCUAUGCAAUGAACCAUGACUGGCAUGGAGUUCAUACGGUGAGGAAGAUGAUGUUGGACAGAGGGGUGAGGAAGGUACCUGGCUGCAGUUCGAUUGAACUAGAUGGUGUUUCUCAUGAAUUUAUAGCAGGAAAUGCUUCACAUGGAAGCAAGAGGGAGCUUUAUGAGAUGUUGGAAGAGAUGAAAGAGAGUUUGAGGGUUGCAGGAUAUGAGCCAGAUACUACACAAGUGCUUCUGGAUAUAGAGGAAGAGGAAUUGAAGGAGAGCUCUUUAUCUCAGCAUAGCGAGAAACUGGCCAUAGCCUUUGGAUUGGUGAGCACUAGUCCAGGCACAACUCUCAGAGUGGUGAAGAACCUUAGAGUGUGUGGAGAUUGCCAUUCUGCAAUAAAGCUGCUCAGUAAAAUCUAUGGACGGGAUAUAAUUGUCAGGGAUUCAAGCAGGUUUCACUGCUUCAGCAGAGGGUUCUGCUCUUGUGGAGACUAUUGGUAACAGCUCUAAGUAUUGCACCAUUUUUUCUUUAUUUUGUUUGGAAGAUUACAUUCAUAUCACCCAAUAAUGUAUUUACAUAACUAAUACCUAAACUUCAUUUUUUUACAUAUAUACUAUUCUAUCUAUGCGUGAAAAGUUGUGUUUCACUUUUUAAAAGUUAAAAUAGUGAUUUUUUAUGUAAAAUUAAAGAUUUGG